AAUAAUACACUGUCCUCUUUUCAAUCUUCUUCUUCUUCUUCUUCCUAUCCUUCCUUCCUUCUCCACGAUGGAUCUUCGGUUUGUUUUCUGGCUUUCCAGCUUUGCUCUUUCUUCAUUCUCAGCCAUUUCCCUAGCAGGUUCGAGCUCGGGGACUUACAGCGUCGAUGAUUAUAGUGCCAAAGGUGAUGGCAAGAGUGAUGACACAAAGGCAUUUAACGAUGCCUGGGCUGCAGCCUGCGCGGAUUCCGGCAGUCCGACUCUGAUGAUUCCCGGAAACAAAUACGUGGUGGGGCCGCUCUUGUUUAAGGGCCCAUGCCAAAAUACUGGUCCGUUGACGGUGAAGGUGCAGGGCACCGUUUUGGCAUCGACCAACCUCAACCUUUUCACGGGACAGGAGUGGGUUCUCUUCUACAAGGUCAAUCAGCUCAGGUUGACAGGAACCGGAACCUUUGAUGGGCAGGGGACUACGGCUUGGCCACAGAACCAGUGCCCUUUCAAGAAGCAAUGCAAAGUCUUGCCUGUUUCACUCAAGUUUGCCUUCUUAAAAGACACAGUAGUUUCGGGGAUUACCUCAUUGAACCCCAAGAUGUUCCACAUUGCUCUGCUGAACAACGUAGGGAUCAAGUUCCAAAACGUCCAUAUUAAAGCACCAGGCGACAGUCCAAACACUGAUGGAAUCCAUAUUGAGACUUCUACUGGCGUCAAGAUAUUGCAGUCUGACAUCGCUACUGGGGAUGACUGCAUUUCUAUUGGCCAUGGCAACACCGAUGUUUACGUUGAAGGUGUUAACUGCGGACCAGGACACGGAAUCAGCGUCGGCAGCUUGGGCAGGUAUUCCUAUGAAAAGGAUGUUACUGGGGUGAUAGUAAAGGGAUGCACCAUUAGCGGCACCAUGAACGGGGUGAGAAUCAAGUCAUGGCAAGCAUCUCCUAGCUCCAUCUCUGCAACCAACAUGACCUUCGACAACAUUAUCCUCAAGGAUGUUGGCAACCCAAUCAUCAUCGAUCAAAACUACUGCCCCUUUAAAUCUGCUUGCGCUCAACAGGCACCAUCGCGAGUUAAGAUCAGUGGUAUCACGUUCAGCAACAUCAGAGGGACUUCGACGACACCUGUAGGAGUAACUAUGCAGUGCAGCAAAGCGUAUCCUUGCCAAAACAUUAAGGUUCAAGAGAUAAAUCUGAGUUACAAUGGACCUGGAGGGCCCAUAACAUCUUCAUGUGCUAAUGUCAAGGCCAGCUACAGCGGGAAACAGGUUCCUGAUCCUUGCAACUGAAGACCUCUAUCGGCAACUAACUAGCUUAAUUAACUACGAAUUAGCUCUCUCCUGGCUUCCUCAUGCAAUCAAAGUGCAUGAGUGCAUUUACUAGGAGAUAAGAAGCUCAUGGUCCGAAACCUAUUCAGUUUGCAAUGUUUUUUUCUUUUCUUUUUUUCAUUUUAAGAGCCACCUCACCAACUAUUGGGUGGCCAUGUAUUUGUAAUUGAUCAUCAAUUUUGUAAUGAUGAAAAUAAGAUUACUAACAA